AUGAACCGCCUCUUCGGCGCCGCCCCCAAAGGGCCCAAACCGACCCUCAACUCCGCCAUAACCAACAUCGACGACCGCAUCUCCUCAAUCGACGUCAAGCUCUCCGCCCUGACCGCCGAGCUGCAAACCUACCAGUCCAAGCUCUCCAAAAUGCGCGACGGCCCGGGCAAGAACGCCAUCAAGCAAAAAGCCCUCAAGGUCCUGCAGCGCCGCAAAAUGUACGAAGGGCAGCGCGACCAGCUGCAGUCCCAGGUCUGGAACAUGGAGCAGGCCCAGACGAUGCAGGACAACCUCAAGAACACAAUGGCCACCGUCGACGCGCUGAAGACGACCAACAAGGAGCUCAAGAAGCAGUACGGCAAGGUGGACAUUGACAAGAUCGAGCGGCUGCAGGACGAGAUGGCGGAUUUGAUGGACAUCGGGAAUGAUAUCCAGGAGAGUUUGGCGAGGAGCUACGAUGUGCCUGAGGAUGUGGACGAGGCGGAGCUGGAUGCCGAGUUGGAGGCGCUGGGUAUGGAGGCGGAGCUGGAGCCGGAGAUGGGCACCGUGCCGAGUUUCUUGCAGGACGAGCUGCCCGACUUUGUGGACGAGGAGCCGGCGAAGGAGGGUGCCAAGGUCAAAGAGGCUGCGGGUUAG